AUGGCAGCCAUUGUCCAUAGGCUGACUGAAGCAUCCACAGGUAAAGUGAUAGACAUGAACAAUCAAAGCACAGUGACAGAAUUCAGACUCCUGGGCCUCUCGAGCUUCCCAGAAAUGCAGCCACUCUUCAUGAGCUUCCUGAUUAUCUACCUGCUGACCUUGGCUGGCAACCUCUCCAUUUGCUUGGCUAUCUGGGUGGAUACCACUCUCCACACUCCUAUGUACUUUUUUCUGAUCAACUUGUCUCUCUUAGACAUCUCGUACUCUUCCGUCACUCUCCCCAAUAUGCUAGUGACGUUGGUUGCCAAGAUUAAAUCUCUUUCCUUCUCCAGUUGCAUGGCCCAGCUGUACUUUCUCAUCUCCUUUGCUGGAUCUGAAUCUUUGCUUCUUGCCCUGAUGGCUUAUGACCGCUACAUGGCAAUAUGCCAGCCUUUGCACUACACAACCAUCAUGAACCACAGGACUUGUAUGUGCUCUGCCAUUGCUAUAUGGAUAGGUGGUUUUGUCUACUCAAUGUUACAUACGUUCUUCAUAGCCAGGCUACCUUUCUGUGGUCCCAAUGAAAUCAAUCACUUCUUCUGUGAGAUCCCUCCUUUGAUCAAAUUGGCCUGCAUGGACACCUAUUUUAAUGAGGUGCUGGUUUUUCUGCUCAGUGGAGCAGUAGGUGGAAGUUGCUUCCUGUUGAUUUCCACAUCAUACACUUACAUACUAUCCACCAUCAUGAAAAUCCACUCAGCCCAGGGCAGACGCAAAGCCUUCUCAACUUGUGCUUCCCACCUCCUCACCGUCCUGCUGUUCUAUGGCCCGGGUUUCUUCACCUACCUCUCCCCCUCCUCCAGCUACUCCAUGGAUAUUGGGAAAGUGGUCUCUGUGUUUUAUACUGUGGUCACACCCAUGCUAAACCCAAUGAUCUACAGCCUCAGGAACAAGGAUGUGCAAGCUGCCUUCAAGAAAGCCAUGGGAAGGAGUAGGAAAUAG